GUCAAACGGUCAGUAAGUCGUCGUACCUGAGAUCUCCAUAUAAAAUCGAUAUAAAAUCAAUAUGAAAUACUUUGCGGUCUUUGCUCUUCUCUGCUGCCUGAUGGGCGUUGCUUUGGCCCAGCUUAAGAGUCCAAUCUGUGGAGAGGAGUUUGGAUAUGCGGGUGGACCUUGCCGUGGUCGUCUCCAGAAAUAUACAUAUAGACGGGACACGAACGAGUGCGUUGACUUCUUUUUCAAUGGCUGCCAAGGAAACUCAAAUAAUUUCAACACUAAGAAAGAAUGCGAGCAGGCCUGCAAAUUGUAAAAUUAAAUAAUAAAAAACGUAAUAUGUUAUAAAUAAAAUGCAGUUUUUGUUAUCCUAAUGU